AUGGCGCGUUCGCACUGGCCCGUCGUACUAGCAGCAGUAUUCACCACCUUGGCAUCGCUACAACAAGGGGCGGCCGCCGGCACUGCUUCCUCCGACCUCGCCGCGCUGCUCACAUUCAAGGCGCAGCUUUCCGACCCUCUCGGCAUUCUCCGGGAGGGCUGGCCCGCCAACGUGUCCUUCUGCCGCUGGGCCGGCGUGUCGUGCGGCCGGCGCCACCGGCAGCGCGUGACCGCCCUGGUGUUGCCGGACGUGCAGCUGGUCGGACCGCUCUCCCCGCACCUGAGCAACCUCUCCUUCCUCACCGUGCUCAACCUUACCGGCGCCGGCAUCUACGGCACCAUCCCGGCAGAGCUCGGCCAGUUGCGUCGCCUCAGGUACCUCCAUCUUGGACGGAACCGCCUGUCAGGCUCCAUCCCCGCGGCGCUUGGGAACCUCACGAGCCUUCAGUUUCUUGAUGCGAGCAUCAACAUGCUCUCCGGUGAGAUCCCAGCGGAGCUGCAGGGGCUGCACAAUCUUGAAUUCAUAGCUCUACAUGUCAAUCAACUGAGUGGAGCGAUACCAGCCCAGCUGUUCAACAACACGCCCAUGUUAAGCCAUGUCUCGCUGGCGAACAACAGCUUGUCGGGAAGGAUACCUGACGCCAUUGGCUCCCUGCGCAAGCUUGAAUUCCUCGCCCUGCAGGUAAACCACCUCUCUGGUGCGAUGCCCCCAGCCAUGUUCAACAUGUCCAGCCUCAGAAUGCUGUACAUGGCCAAUAACAAUCUGACUGGCCCAAUCCCAGGCGACAACGUCACCUUCAGCCUCCCAAUGCUGCAGGUGAUAUCCCUGUCCCUGAACAACUUCUCGGGUCCAGUUCCGCCAGGCCUUGCGUCGAGCAAGGACGUCCGGAUCAUCUCGCUGUCUUCGAAUCACUUCUCUGGUCCUGUGCCGACAUGGCUGGGCAAGCUGCCUGUUCUUACUGGCCUUCUGUUCGGAGGGAAUGACCUCGUCGGUCCAAUCCCUGAUGUCCUUGGCAAUCUCACCAUGCUCCAAAGGCUUGGCCUUUCGUUCUGUAGGCUCCAUGGAGAGAUCCCAGUGCAAUUGGGGCAGCUCACGCAUCUUAGCAUCCUGAUGCUUUCAGCCAAUCGACUGACAGGCUCCUUCCCAUCUUUUCUUGGCAAUAUGACUGAAUUAUCUGACAUAGAGAUGGACUUUUGUAUGCUGACUGGAUCAGUACCAACCUCACUUGGGAACAUGAGAUCACUUGUGAGCCUCAACGUUGGACAAAACCUCCUCCAAGGGGACCUUGGCUUCUUGGCUGGCCUCGCCAAUAGCAGGGAGCUCAACUUCAUAAAUUUGCAGAUGAAUUCCUUCGCCGGAAGACUUCCAGAUUAUGUCGGAAACCUCUCCAGGGAGCUCCGCGUCAUCGAUGCCACUGGCAACAAGCUGGUUGGCGGAAUUCCUUCGACAAUAUCCAAUCUAAGCGGUCUCAGCUCGCUUAUUCUUAUGAACAACCAGCUAAGCCAGGAAAUCCCACCAUCCAUCAUGACCAUGGAGAGUCUUGAGAGGAUCGACAUCUCUGGCAAUAGUUUCGUUGGUCCCAUCCCGGCUCAGAUCGGUAUGCUCAGGAGACUGGUUCAGCUGCGUCUCUACGACAACAAUUUCUCUGGCCCAAUACCAGAUGGCAUCGGUAAUCUCACUAUGUUAGAGUACAUUUCCUUAUCUCAAAACCAGCUAUCUUCAGGUUUGCCAGCAAGCUUGUUUCUUCUGGAUAACCUCGUCAACCUUAAUCUGUCCCACAACUCUCUGACUGGUGUGUUACCAUCUGAUCUUGGUCAUAUGAAACAAAUCGACACGAUAGAUCUCUCUGCAAACCGUUUGUCUGGCAGCCUCCCAGAUUCUUUUCAACAGCUUACCAUGUUGACUUACCUAAACGUGUCCCACAACUCGUUUAAUGGUUCAAUUCCAUACACCUUUCGCAAUUUGAUUAACUUGGCAGCACUGGACCUGUCCUCCAACAAUCUUUCAGGUACCAUUCCAGUAUACUUGGCAGGCUUAACCUACCUUGCCAGUUUGAACCUGUCUUUCAACGAGUUACAAGGUCCGGUACCAGACGGUGGUGUUUUCAGAAACAUCACCUUGCAAUCUUUGAUAGGGAACGAUGGGUUGUGCGGCGUUCCCCGUCUAGGAUUUUCUCCAUGCCAGGGAAAUUCUCGCUCAACAACAAAUAGGCGCCUGCUAAAAAUCCUGCUCCCUUGUGUCACCAUAAUCUUUUUGGUUAUAGCCAGCUGCAUAUACCUCUUGACCAAAAGAUAUAUUGCAAAGAAUCAAGUAAAGGAAGCAGCUACUGGCAAUGGAGAUGAUGUAAUCACACAUAGGUUUGUGUCAUAUCAUGAGAUUGUUCGUGCAACGGACAAUUUCAGCGAGGAUAACAUGCUGGGAGCUGGAAGUUUUGGCAAGGUUUACAAAGGUCGACUGGACGAUGGAAUGGUGGUUGCGAUUAAAGUGCUCAACAAGCAUGUGGAGCAAGCUAUGACGAGUUUUGACAUUGAGUGUGAAGUUCUACGUAUGGUCCGGCACCGCAACCUGAUUAGGAUAAUUAGCACUUGUUCAAACUUAGAGUUCAGAGCCUUGCUGCUUCAAUACAUGCCCAAUGGUAGCUUGGAGGCGUGCUUGCACUCUGAAAGCCGCCCUCCGCUAGGAUUCCUCAAGAGAUUGGACAUUAUGCUUGACGUGUCAAUGGCAAUGGAGCACCUGCACUAUCAUCACGGUGAGGUUAUCCUGCACUGUGACCUGAAGCCUAGCAAUGUUCUGUUCGAUGAAGAGAUGACCGCGCAUGUUGCGGACUUCGGAAUUGCAAAGAUAUUGUUAGGUGACGACAGCUCCGCUGUUUCAGCAAGCAUGCCUGGCACAAUAGGAUACAUGGCUCCAGAAUAUGCAUUCAUGGGAAAAGCAUCGAGGAAGAGUGAUGUGUUCAGCUUUGGGAUCAUGCUACUUGAAGUCUUCACUGGUAGAAGGCCCACAGAUCCCAUGUUUGUUGGAACAAUGAGCCUUCGACAGUGGGUUCUUGAAGCACUUCCAGGGAGACUUGCAGACGUUGUGGAUGACAGGCAACUCCGAGGUGAAAUAGUAAUACAAGGUGAUCUCGAGAGCAAUAAGACGGCUUCUUUGGAAAGUGAAAUGGCUCUUUUGUCAGUGCUUGAGCUUGGCCUAGCGUGUUGCAGUGAAUUGCCUGCGCAGAGGACUGAAAUGAAUGAUGUUGUCACAAAGCUGAAGAGCAUCAGGAAGGAUUACUCCACUUGA